GUUUUCUUGAACACAACAGAAGUUUGUUGAGCUUCCAACUUUCUUCUCCUUCCGUCUGGAGAAGUUAUGGAAAGUUCUGGUGAGUUGCAGUCUAACGAGCGCGAGCGUCUGAAGAUGAGAAUGGUGGUCCUGGAGGAGCGCGUGCGGGCCAUGGAGGCGGAGUCUAGAGGCGACCAAGAGGCGGUCCUCAGGAUGGCGUCCGAGCUGGACCGGGAGAGGAAGAAGUCCGCCAGCAGCUCGGCGGCUGUGCAAGAACUGAAAGCGGACCUGGACGGACUGGUUCUGGUGCGGCUGGAAAAUGAAGACCUGGUCCAGAGACUGCAGGCCAGCAGGAGAGUGACGGAGGCCAGCAGGCGGGAGUCUGGCUGUCUGGAGGAGCAGGUGCAAGACCUGGAGGAGCAGGUGCAAGACCUGGAGAAGAAGCUGCAGAGCAGUCAGAGAGACGCCCGGGAGGCCCAGGACCAAGUCCUGCAGGUCCUCCGUAAAGUCUCCUCUCUCAUCCCGGACCAGACACCAGUCCCAGUCCAUGGCCAAGACCAGGAGGCGUCGCUGACCUUGGACCAACUCUGCAGUCGGGUGGAGGCUCACCUGGGUGACGUGUGUCAGCAGCUGAGCGAGGAGAAGAAGCAAGGUCAAAGCGUCCAGCAAAGAGCCGAGCUGGCCGAGCAGCAAGUGUCAGACUUGAGGCGGAGACUUGAGGACGUGGAGGCGGAGCUCCUGGCGGCGGACGAGCAUCAUCACGCCACGCGACUGGACCUUCAGCACCAUGAAGACUUCUUGGAGCGGCUGACGGCCGCCAUGAAGGUGGACGCCGUGGCGGCCGACGUGGGCCCCGACAUGAGGCUGCCGCUCUUCCUGUCCCGGGCGCAGCAGCUGGUCAGAAGCGAAGGCGACGCCGUGAUGGAGAGCAAGCGUCUGACCUUUAACCUCCAACGCAAGCUGAAGAGUCAGAAGGAGCAGCUGGAGAGCAAAGGUCUUCACAUCCAGAUGUUGAGGAAGAAGCUGGAGGAGGACAAAAGGAGCAGGUCGGCGCUGGAGGACGUCCAUGCAGAGUCCGCACGCCUGCAGAAGAAAGUGGAGCGUCUCCAGGGCGAGCUGAGGGCCUCCAGGCAGUCACACGGCCUGCUGAAGAGCCGCCUCUCCGCCGCCGACCUCAAGGUAGAAGGCCGACGUCUUCACGCCAGCAGUCCAUCACGUCUUCACGCCAGCAGUCCAUCACGUCUUCACGCCAGCAGUCCAUCACGUCUUCACGCCAGCAGUCCGUCACGUCUUCACGCCAGCAGUCCAUCACGUCUUCACGCCAGCAGUCCAUCAUUGUGUGUGUUUGACAAGCUGAGGCUGGAGGAACAGAGCCAGGUCAUGCAGGAGCAGAAGAAGAAGCUGAGACAGCUCCGGAAGGGCAAAGGUCACACCGAGAAGCUGGUCGACACUUUGACCUCUGACCUGCAGAGUCAGGAGAAGCAGAGCAGGGAAGACCGAGAGCGACUCAGCAGUCUGACGAGCAGCCUGGCUCAGCUCUCCGCCUCUGAGAGAGAGCUGACGGACUUCCGCAUGGUGGUUUCCCGCCUGCUGGGCUUAAACGCCUCGUCCUCCUCCGCCCUCCCCAACCAUGAAAUCAUCCGCCUGCUGGAGGACCUCCUCCACUCCCAUCAUCACCAUGGAAACGCACCUUGGCUGUGCGCGGCCCACCGCGGCGCUCAUCUCUCCUACUCACAUGCCAGCGGCGGCCAGGGGGAGUGAAUAAGUGAUUAUUGUUUCGGUCAUGAGAGAA